UACACCGUGUUUAUCUGGUGAAAUAUUGCACAGGUGUGGAAACAGACAACUUUUCUAGAAGUUUAGAGAAGAGCUUCAUUAAAGAGGCAUGUUCUACAACGUGGAUGCGCAUGCGUGCUACAACAAGGAAAACUCGCUGGCUCUGGGUGGCUUGACAGUUUCAUCCAGUUUCCCGCGGAACGUCAGACCCCUCCCCUUACGGCUUUACCGUCUCCAUGGCAACAGCAGUGUUUGGCGCUCUCCAUCCAAACAAUGAUGAUGGACUGAAGGGAACCGAUGGAUUCUGGCCGUUUUCUCAUAACCAACCCUCAAGCUGAGAGCGUCUGAGUUUAUAGAAGAACAGAAGGGAUGGAGGUGGCCUUCUCCUCCCCUCUCUCACAGCCCCACAGGAGGACUCCAGUCCCUCUGAGACAGCUGGUGGAGGAGAGCAGAAGUGAAUCAAACAUCCCCAACCAUCUACUGGACUCUAAAAUCUAUGGCAGGCUGAAAAGUAACGGCCUGAUCCAGACCGAGCCCUCAGAGCUUCACUUCACAGGGUUUGACCUGGGGAGGGACCACGUCAGAACCCUGAAAAUAAUCAACGUCUCCUCUGAAGUCAUGGAUGUCCACAUCAUUUCAACCCAGACAGAGUACUUCAGAACGACUUACUCUAAAAAGUCUCGGCUCAUCCCGGGUCUGGCCUACACCCUGAAGGUCUGCUUCUGUCCUGAUGAGUGGCGUUACUACUAUGACAGCAUCCGGGUUCACUGCAAGGGGGAAGAGAACCUGUUAGUUCCAGUUCAUGCCUAUCCGGUCAUCGAUGACCUGCAGAUCCCUCCUCACAUCCACCUGUCAGCUGUUCCUCUGGGUCAAAGGGUUUCUCAUGCUAUCCCUCUGAAGUGCAGCUGUCCCAUUGACUUUGAGUUUCAGGUGUUUGUCAUUCAGCCCCAUGAGGCUUUCUCCAUCAGCCCGCUCAAAGGUCUGAUACCAGCCAACGGCGAGGUGAAGAUCAUCGUGACCUUUCGGCCUUUACAGUACGAGACCUGUCAGGUGACCAUCCAGCUGAUCAUCUCCCAGUUCAACACCAAACCUUACCUGUGCACCAUCACCGGGAGCUCGGCCCCUAACAUGGGCCCCAGCCAGCUUGGCAGAAAGGUGGAAGACGCAACACCUGUGGACAAUGAUUUACCUUUACCUGCAACCACAGCGCCACGAUAUAAAUCCAAACACAUGAAGCUGACUGACGGAGGGAAGCCAAAGACACUGAAGAGCCUGGCUUCUGUAAAGCCUGCGAUCGAUGUCUGCGCCCAUGCAGGGGUGGCAAAGAUGCUGAUAAAAGACAGCAUUAAACCCAGCUCUGAAGAUCUGAGCCCCGCACUCAUCUGUCUACAAAACAGGAAGCUGAAGGAAAGCCUCUUUAUGAAGAAGGUUCAGCAGAAUAUGAAGGAGCUGCAAGCCAAACAUCUGAGGCAGAGCCACGUCGGUGAGGACCCGCUGUCAGAGGACAGGAGACGUCAGAUCGUGGCAGAGCGAGAGACUGCACUGAGAAAAUAUCUGGUGGAUCAGGGAGAGGCGGGGCAGGAUGUAGAAUCUGUUGCCAGGCAACCCAAACUGUCCUCUAAAAGACUGCUGUUUGAUGCUGGACUCUCCUGUGAGGCCGAUGAAGGCGCCCCAUCCUUCCAGCCAAUCAGCAGCUUUCAUCCAGAGCUGAGACGAAGAGCUCUGAGACUGUUCCAGCAGGCGGCACGCAAGGUGGUGAUCAGAGUCCGGAUGAACCGCAGACUCACCUGUUUGAAGAAGCUGUCAGACGGUUUGAUGGAGUCGCCCCCAGGUAAGCAGACUUGUGACGAGGGACUCUCUGCAGACCUGGUCCAUCCAUGCCCCCCCCCCGUGUUCUGUGUCAGAGACGUUCCACUGGCUCUCAGUCGUCUGGACUCUCUGCCUGUUGGUACUACUGUUACCGUGACGACACACCUUCCUCUCUUCAACCUGCAGAGUCCUCAGCACUACAAACUCAUGGGCUACCAGGCGGUGUCAGCAUGGGAGGCGUUUGAUUCGUACAUCCCCACAGCUUUGGCCAGACAGCUUCGCACUGCAGACCUGACUGAAGCGCUGCCAGAGAGCACUGGAGCCAGAUCUCCCACAGCAGAUCUUCAGACAUGUGAGGAACAGAGCUGUGAAAGUAAAGAGGAGGAUGUGGAAGCUUGUGCAGACUACAGUCUCACCUUCACUGCUCCUCAAUCUCUGCUCAGACCUUCUCCAGCAAAUCCUCUCAGAAUCUUUAAUCCAGCUCCAGGUCUGCAGAGUUUCAAAAGGCCCCCAAAAUACCCUGAAAACGACCUGGAUUUCCAUCUCUGCCCUGUUCCCAGGUAUGUGAGCCCUGGCGCUGACGCUAGGAGACAACAUCCAGACUCUCAGAGGACCUUUCUGGAUCGGCAGCUGAUGUUGAGACGGCUCCUAUCAGGGCAGGGAUUUGAUCCAGACUUCAGCCGUCUGUCCGACCAAUCAGCUCUCAGUUGUGGUUGUGCCUUCCUCAGGUCCUUUGGCUGUGACUCUGACCUCCUCUCAGACCCUCCUCCUCCUCUCACUGACCCUCCUGAUGAUCUGACCCAGCACACAGAUCUCCUGUAUAAAGGCUCUGGGGUCAAACUGUCUCCAGAAAUGAUCAGUGCAGAGUUCCUGUCAUGGAAAGCUCCAGGCUCCAACACAAACCAUGACAGAGGCGUGGACAGGAGGCACAGGGGGGCAGCAGCCUCGGGGUCCGAGCCUAACCAGAUGGGUAGAAGAGUGAUGACCAGACUGGCACACCUCACAGUCCCGGACAGGGAUUCUCCAAGACCUGCAGGGGAUGAUGGGAAAGUAACCCCCACACACUCACACACUAAAACCUCCAGAUAGGAUACAAAUGCUGUUUAACUCAAUUACAUGACUAAAAUAAGA